AUGUGGGUUAAACCUCAAGAGGUGUUCAUAAAAACUGCACUGUGGGACAGUGAUGAGACAACUUUAUACUUUGUUCUUCAAAGGAGAAAAGGACAUGGCAAAUCGAAAGGUCUUUCUUCUCUUCUAGUAGGCACAUUAGAUAGUGUUUGGGACUCGAAACCAGCUCCAUACAGAAUAUUACAUCAAACUCCUAACUCUGAAAUAUAUUAUGUAAUAGCAACAGCUUUGACUGAACAAGAGAUUAGGCAAGACUGGCAGUGGUUAUUUGAAAAUGUAAGCCCAACGUUACAUUCAUUUGAUAAUGAGGAAGAAAUUACAGAAUUUGUAUGUUGUAAAAUCAAUUCAAUUAUAGCUACUGAACAGGAAACUUUAACGGAAGAUGAAGAUACAUACAAAAAUGUGGACUAUGAAUUUCACCAAAGAUUUGCAAUGCCAAAAGAUGAAAAAUUGGUGUGUUACUACUCAUGCAGUUACUGGAAGGGUAAAAUGCCACGCCAAGGAUGGAUAUAUCUAUCAGUCCAUUACAUGUGUUUUUACUCAUAUAUUUUUGGGAAGAAGACAACAGUCAAAAUAAGGUGGGCUGAUGUCACAGAGUUAGCAAAGACAAAUAGCAUACUGUUUCCAGACUCAAUUAAAGUUGUUACGAGAGAUGGAGAGCAUUAUUUCACAAUGUUUAUAAAGAAGAAUGAGACAUUUGCACUUAUGCAACAGUUGGCUAAUAUUGCUAUGAAACAGUUAAUUGAUGACAAGUCUGGGAGUUUCAAUAUAGAUAAAGAUCUUUUGACAAAGUUAAGUAAAAAUGUUCCAAAAAAAGCAUCUUUCUUAAAGCGAGACUUAGAUGCAAGAAAACAAUCAAACCUGUAUACCUUACGUUUUCGUUUACCUCACACUGAAAAGCUUGAUGGUAGUGAAGAGUGUACACUGUGGACGCCUUACAAUAAAAGAUACAAUUGGGGCAGAUUAUAUUUAUCACAAAAUUUUAUAUGCUUUGAUAGCAGAGUGCAACAUCUUGUUAGAUUGACGAUUCCACUUCGUAAUGUGCAUCAAGUUGAACGCGCGAAUUCAGGUGGCGCCGGCAGUUCUGGAGAUGCUGGCAGUAUACUCAUUACCACCGCACACCACACAAGUUUUCUCUUCGGCAAUAUAUCCGACCGUGACUUCCUCGUUCACAAGAUAUCUGAACUGCUCGCCAAGUUGCCUAAUGAUGUAUACAGGGAGAAAGCUAACCGAGCGUUGGACAGAAGAGACGAGGGAACUGAUUGGACGCCCCAGCCGCCACUAAUGACACUCUUCAAGACUCAUCAGACCGCUACUAUAAAGCAGAUACAGCAGAAAAAGGAAAAACAAUGGGAAGAUCACAUGUCAGAAGUAGGACGCGGAGUCAGCAUGUACCAAACCAUUGCGGGAAGCGAGCUGGUGGUUAACGGUAUACCGGAAUCUUUACGGGGCGAGUUGUGGAGCGUGUUUUCGGGUUCGAUUCUGCAAAAGGCGCAGAAUAAAGGCUUAUAUGCGAAAUUGGUUAAUGAGGCAUUGUCUUCACGGAAUCAGGCCAAUGAUGAGAUCGAAAGAGACCUCCACAGGUCGCUGCCUGAACAUCCCGCGUUUCAAAACGACGUUGGUAUUUCGGCAUUAAGGCGUGUACUUUGCGCAUAUGCGCUUAAAAACCCUACGAUCGGAUAUUGUCAGGCGAUGAACAUUGUCGCUUCGGUCUUGCUUAUCUACUGCCCUGAAGAACAAGCUUUUUGGCUGCUGGCAACUAUAUGUGAAACUCUAUUGCCUGACUAUUAUAAUACAAGGGUUGUGGGCGCUUUGGUGGAUCAAGGCGUAUUCGAUGACUUGACCAAAACACAUUUGCCUGAGCUGCAUGCGAAGUUGAAUGAAUUGGGUAUGAUGAAAUUGAUCUCCUUAUCCUGGUUCUUGACGCUCUUCAUCAGCGUCAUGCCUUACGAGUGCGCUGUUAAUGUAAUGGACUGCUUCUUUUACGAUGGUGCCAAAGUAAUUUUCCAGGUGACUCUGACAAUUCUGGACAUAAACCGCGAGAAGCUUCUAAAGUCCACUGAAGAAGGGCAAGCAAUGCAGAUUCUGAGCGAGUACCUUGCAGGCAUUUACAACGAGGAGGCUAUGGCCCUGUCCACCGAGCCUCGUACUGCUGCAAAGACGAUAAAAAUCCAAGAGUUGGUGUACCAGUCGUAUCGAUCGUUCGGUGCGACAGUGAGCGGAGAAUGUAUCGAGCAUUUGCGACUGAAGCACCGGCUACGUGUGGUGCGGCAGCUGGAGGACAGCCUGGAGAAAAACACGUUGCGUGCGUUGCAGCAGGACAAGCUGUUGGAUCCCGCAGAGCUGCAGGAGCUCCUGAGUGUGAUUCGGGAAGAAUUAUUUUGGGCAAAGCGUGUACCAUGCGAACGUUUGGAAGCACCUUACGAAGCCUACAGACUCGAUUACAUACAGUUCAAGAACCUGUUUACUGCACUGUCACCCUGGGCAAAAGGCGAAAAUGCUGAAGCCAUCACAGCUAUGAUGUUCAAGCUGGUGGACGGUGACGAGGACGGGCUGGUGAGUGCGCGCGGGCUGAGCGUGGCUCUGGGGCUGAGCGCGCGCGGCGAGGCGACGCGGCGGCUGCGCGCGCUGUACUGCGCGCACGCGCCGCCGCUGCUGUCGCCGCACCACCUGUUCGACGCCACCUACACACACACUGGCGAGGAGCUCGCCGCAGACGCCAUAUCCUACUUUGACAGCUUAGAAAAUCCGUCCACUCCUGAGCCGAAUGUCAAUUCAGGCAUGCAGCGAUCCAUCAGCGAAGUUUGCAGCGAUGGCAAUUAUAUGGACAAGUCUACAGACAGUAACUACGGUGAGCCUGAGAGUGAAGCGGCUGCGGUUCGUGCGUGCGCGCUGGCAGGGCUGGCGGGUGGUGCGGGGGGUGCGGGGUCGCCGAGUUCGCCGCGCGCCGCACCACCGCUGCCGCGCACGCAUCUGCUGCGGCUGCUGGCCACGCUGCACGGCCUCACCGAGCACAGCGGCCCGCUGUACGAGGCCGUGGCGCGCGCCGGUCAGUACACCGCUCCACACGUACACCGCAUACGCACACGCUGCGGCUGCUGGCCACGCUGCACGGCCUCACCGCGCACCGCGGCCCGCUGUACGAGGCCGUGGCGCGCGCCGGUCAGUACACCGCUCCACACGUACACCGCACACGCACACGCUGCGGCUGCUGGCCACGCCGCACGGCCUCACCGAGCACAGCGGCCCGCUGUACGAGGUCGUGGCGCGCGCCGGUCAGUGCACCGCUCCACACGUACACCGCACACGCACACGCUGCGGCUGCUGGCCACGCUGCACGGCCUCACCGAGCGCAGCGGCCCGCUGUACGAGGUCGUGGCGCGCGCCGGUCAGUACACCGCUCCACACGUACACCGCACACGCACACGCUGCGGCUGCUGGCCACGCCGCACGGCCUCACCGAGCGUAGCGGCCCGCUGUACGAGGUCGUGGCGCGCGCCGCGGCCCGCUGUACGAGGUCGUGGCGCGCGCCGGUCAGUGCACCGCUCCACACGUACCCCGCACACGCACACGCUGCGGCUGCUGGCCACGCCGCACGGCCUCACCGAGCACAGCGGCCCGCUGUACGAGGCCGUGGCGCGCGCCGGUCAGUACACCGCUCCACACGUACACCGCACACGCACACGCUGCGGCUGCUGGCCACGCUGCACGGCCUCACCGAGCGUAGCGGCCCGCUGUACGAGGUCGUGGCGCGCGCCGGUCAGUGCACCGCUCCACACGUACACCGCACACGCACACGCUGCGGCUGCUGGCCACGCUGCACGGCCUCACCGAGCACAGCGGCCCGCUGUACGAGGUCGUGGCGCGCGCCGGUCAGUACACCGCUCCACACGUACACCGCACACGCACACGCUGCGGCUGCUGGCCACGCUGCACGGCCUCACCGAGCGUAGCGGCCCGCUGUACGAGGUCGUGGCGCGCGCCGGUACCUUGCUGCUCCAAUUGGGCGAAUUAUCACAUCGGCCGGAAUUGGGUCGUGAGAUAUCCCAAGACAGCCUGUUCUUAGCUGCUGCUGCUAAACAACCCGUCGCUGCUCAGCUGGAUCCGAACGGCAAUAAAACGGCGGACCUGGAAGGAUCAUCGUCUCAACCCUCACCGUCAAAGGAAAACGAGCCGUCCUCCGACAGCGUAUGGUUCAUAACGCUGGAACAGUUUUUAGCCACAAUGCUCUCAGAGCCUGCUCUAGAGGAGUUUUUCAAUAGACAGGAGCCGUUACUGCCUCAGCUUGAAGCUCUUAGGCAAAGGGAUCGAUCACAGUCUAUAUUAUAG